AAUUAAUAAUAGAAUUGAAAAUUAAAAGCGUGCGUUUUCACUUUCCGUGUGGUUCAAAAUCCAAGGCAGAAUAAAUACGAGCGGGAAGCAAUUCCCUUAUGAGGGAACUCUCACUUUCCACUGAUCUCUCAACUCCGAAGCACCAACGAAACUGUCGAAGCUUCCGAUACGAAAUCGGAUUUCAUAGCUGAGAUUGAGACGCCGGCUAGGGCUAGAAGAUUCGAAGAAAGCAACGCGAUUUUUGCAUUGUCUAAGCGUUUCGGGUUCCCUAUGCCGGGCUCUUACCCCCGCUACGUUGAAAUCGACGGGCGGGACGACGACGAUGACGUUCUUCAUGUUCUCGUUGACGGGGAGCAGUAUGAGGUUGAAGAUGAUGGCGAGGAAACAGAGGAAGAGCAUGGAAAUUGAUGGCUUGUUUUGCCCUAUUUGCAUGGAGGCAUGGACCAAUUACGGUGACCACCAUAUUUGUUGUCUUCCUUGUGGGCACCUGUAUGGCAUGUCUUGUAUCAAUAAAUGGCUGCAACAACGUAGAAAUGCAGGGAAGUGUCCACAAUGCAACAGGAAGUGUUCCUUGAAGGAUGUCAGAAAAAUUUUUGCAUCACGAAUUGUUGCUGCUGAUGAAGAAUCUCAAAAGAGAAUUCAGUCACUCGAGGCUACUUGUGCCUCUCUUGAGAAGAAGAAUACAAAUUGGUGUAGAAAAGAAGUUGAAUGGAAAAAGAGAGAAGCAGCUUUGCAGUUAGAAGUUCGUGAACUUACUGAGAGGACAAAUUAUUUGGAGCAUUUAUUAGAAGAUUCAAAGAGAAAACCUGGAUUAGCCAAUCUAGAUUGCAACUUUCAGGAACACAGCUGCGGCUUAAAGUUUAGUGGGCAGGUUUCUACUUGCAGUUUCAUAUUAGAGAAAGAUCUGCCGGUUGAUGGUGCUCGUUUAAUCGAUGUAGAUGCCUCUAACCAAGUUGUUUUGGUUGCAAGAAGGCAGUCUGGAUUUGGUGGUACACACGUGCUUACUAAAAUAAGCUUAAUGUCUCCACAUGAAAGCGAAGAUAUGACGCUCCCUUAUUGUAACAAUGCUGUAAAGGACUUGCAUAUUUCUCCGGCUGCUAGAAAUCUUGUUCUUUUCUCUUCAUUGGGGAAGAAAUUAGCCAUUCUCAGUAUGGAAAGCAACCAUAUCAUCCUUGACUAUGAUUUACCGUAUGCUGCUUGGUCGUGCUCAUGGGAUCAGAAUAAUUCACACCAUGUUUAUGCUGGAUUAAAGAAUGGUUUGUUCAUGGUGUUUGAUAUGCGCCAAACUGUGGGACCCUUGAAAACCUUUCAAGGCCUAACUAGCAAUCCAGUCCAUACUAUACAUUCUCUUUCAAGUACCUCGACACUUUCAAAUGAUGUUAGAUCUGUUCUGUCUGCUUCUGCAUAUGGUGUAUGUCGUUGGACUUUAGAUGCCUUGGAAGAAGGGCCGUUUCUGGUUCCAGAAACAAAUCAAGGAGUUUGUACAUCUCUUGCCUAUUGCUCAAGUAGAGGCGAAAUUGUCGCUUCGUACCGUCCCAAAGUUGGAACGUCAAGUGAGACAGCUUAUACUCAGCUUUCACCUGCUCCUUCCCACACUGCUGGGCACAGAGUAGAGGGCUGCCACGUGGCAUUCAAGAAAGAAAGAAAUUUCCAAUUUUCAAAGUUGGGCUCUGGAUAUGCCAAUAUAGACACAAUACGCCUGCCAAAGUCUGCCAUCAUAGACUUCCAAGAUUGCAGCAGUAUGUUUGUAUCUGGAGAUUCAGUAAUGGGUGAAUUGACCUUGCAUGAACUGACUUCAUUUAGGUCUGUUCAGCGUCUUAAAGUUCAUAAGCAUCCUGUUCGUGAUGUGAAGUAUUCGUACGGCUUGGGUCGAGGAUUGCUUAGUUGUAUAAGUGAUGAUAUUCUGCAACUUUUCAUUACCGAAGGCUGAUGAACGAGUUCUUUUCUGCUUCAUUCAAGUCGGGACAAGUUUCCGCAUUUGAGAAGUAGACGAUCAGGAGUUGAAGACGAAGAUGGAUGUACUGAGUUCAUCUUUUGAGCUAAUAGAAACCAUGAUUCAAUGUGAUUGAAUUGAUGUACAUUCAAAUGGGUUGUUAUAGUAAAUAAUUUUGAAGGCCAAAUAUUAACUUUAAUUUAGACAUUUGAGAAAGUUAAAUUUUAGUGUUACAGUGUGCAGCAGCUCCAUAUUUAGCCCAUGAAAUAAGAGUGCUAUUCCAAGUAUAAUAAA